AUGGCAAUCACACGAGACCAAACCAGAAAGACCAACAAUCCUUCAGCAAGAGGCAUCAUCAAGAAAAGCGCCACUAAAACCAAAACUCUCGCUUUAAGACAACGAAAGACACUCGACGGAGAAACUAAAUCUCAAAAGUGUUUCCUGCCCUUCCUACCCGCAGAACUUCUAGAGAUGAUAAUCAACCAAGACUGCUUAGAGACCGAAGACCACUGGAAUCUCCGCCGCGUAUCAUCCCGUAUAUUCCACAUGACUGCAAACACCAUCUUCAAGGGUGGAGAGUUUCGCAUGUUCCGUUACGCCCUCAGACAUGCAGACAUAGACAUUAUGAACAGAUGCAAAGAGCUGAACCCACCACCAACAGACAUCACAUGGGCUUACGAGGCCUACAGAAUCGAGGUGCUUAAGGGGGAUAGUCUCAAUCUCCGGGAUCCGCCCCCACAAUCCGAAGAUAGUCUACCCCAGGGCCCAGGCUAUUUCCUCCUCGAGGGCUUCAAGUCGAAACAUUUCUCGGCGGACCAAUACAUCAAAGCGGCUGGGUGGCUCAUGGAUAAUGGCUUCAAGGUCUUUAAUCCUGCCGAAGAGAGUAUUUGGAAUGCCGGCUUGAACGGAUACUUCAUCUCGUACAGGCUGCUCGAUGUAUUGACAACAGCAAGUAGUAAGAAGGAACAGGACGACAUCUGCCGCAUCAUUGAGUUUCUUCGUGCCAAGGGUUACGAGUUCCUAUUGCGCAGUCGUGUUGAAGACACCGGCCAUUACAGAACCCCAGCAGAGACGCUUCUCCAUGACAACUCUUUCGGAGCGUUUCGUCGCUGCUACGAUAGGCCUUCCUUGAUGUUGGUCAUGAUGAAGUCUGGAUGUCCACCCUCUGUUCUUGAGCUUUACCUUGAGCAGCUCGAGGAAGAUGGCAUGUGCCUAAAAGGCCUUGCGACGCGGCGCCACGAGGAGAAACAGAAUGGGAACCUACAUCGAUUCUCCCGUACUGAAGUCGCUCAGCUCAUCGACGUCUAUCUUGAUGAGGUUUUCGGCCUCUGGACCUGGUGGUGGGAAACGCCCGAUCAGAUGGGCGACACUCUCGAGGCCAAGAUAGAGCUGCUGAUCCAGUAUCAAGGUAUCGAUGGGGAGGAAGAGAAGUUGCUCAACGACAUUCUCACAGCGUUACGUCGAAUAGAGGUCAAGAUCAUGAAGCUAGGGGGUCUCGACUACGAACGCGAUGCCUCCUGGUGCUGGACCGAGCUAAUCAUGUCUGUCACUGAUAUCAACAGGAAGAGGAAUCGUGCGUUGGAUCAGUAUGAUGAGUACAUGACCUAUUCAAAGCCGUGGAAGUGCUUACACGAGUUCUUCCACACCAUCCACUGGUGA